AUGGAAGAUCCAAAAACAGAUCAAAAGCUCAAAAUCAGACUUAAAUACACUAAACCCGAAACUAAACGAAUUCUUAAUUUUCUUCAACCUUCAUCAGCUAAUUUUAAUCAAGAACAAGAACUCAUCAUCGACAGUGAUUUAGAAGAAGGCGAAAUUCGAGAAACCCAGGAAUCAAAACUUGAAGAUCCAACAAUUAAUCAACAAAAAGAUCAUCAAAUUGAAGAUAAAAGAAGAAUUUGUGGGUUUUGUAAUAAAGUUUUUGCUAAUGGAAAAGCUUUGGGAGGUCACUUGAGGAUUCAUAAGAAAAAGGAAAAAGAUGGGGCAGGUGAUUUUAGCCCGAAACCCGGCCCGGAAAAGGAGGUGAGGUGUGAAUAUUGCCACAAGAAGUUUCAUACUGAAAAAGCGCUUUAUGGGCAUAUGAGGUCUCACCCUGAAAGACCUCAUAGAGGGAUGGGCCCGCCGCCGCCAUUGAAAUGGAAAGGGAAAGGAAAGCGUAGCCGUCCGAUUGGGGAGAGGGUAUCAACGUCAUCAUCACCGUCGUCGUCUUCAUUGAGUUCCGGGCUGUGUCGGGCUGAGUCGGUUGCUGAUUGUUUAAUGAAGAUGUCAAGUAAUGAUGAAUAUGGUGAAGAUUCAAAUCAUGAUUAUGAUUAUGAUUAUGAUUAUGAUUAUGAUUAUUAUGAUGAAUUGAUGAAAAAGAUAAGGGUAAGUAAGAAGGGGUUAGAGAAGGUUGAUGAUGAUGGAUUAUAUUAUUUACAAGAAGAAUUGGGGAUUAAAAUACCUUAUAAAUCUUGUAUUUUAAAAACCUCAAUGAAUUUUGAUGAUUUUCCAAAGAUUGGAAAGGAAAAUAAAAAAAGGAAAUUGGGUAAGGAAAUCAUGGGUAUUAGAAGAUCUAAUCAUAAUGAUGAUCAUUGGGAUGAUGAUCAUGAUGAAGAUGAUGAUGAUGAGAAGAAGGGUAAGUGGGUUUGUACUACAUGUAACAAAUCAUUUACAACCCACCAAGCUUUAGGAGGUCAUAGGUCAAGUCACAACAAAGAAAAAAAUUCAAUUCAUGUAAAAAUCCCUAAUUCUAAUUCAAUCCAAACCCUAAAUUUGACUCGGAUUGUUGAAAACGGGUACGGGUCGAACCUUACCCAUGACAAAGAAGUUGAAGAAGUGGUUUUUCAUAAGUGCAAAAUUUGUGAUCAGAAUUUUCCAUCUGGGCAAGCUCUAGGAGGUCAUAUGAGGUUACAUUAUGUUGUUCCUUGUUCGGGCUCUGGUUCGGGUUCAGGUUUGGGUCAAAGUAGCUCGCAAACGGGUCAAGGUGUUAGAGGUACAAUUCUUGAUUUUGAUCUUAAUGUAGCUGCCGUGUCUGAAGAUGUGGAUGUAGCAGUUGAUUCUAGCUGCUUAUAA